ACCCCGGAACGUGCGUCAGCGCCACCUCACAAUCGCGCCGCCCCCCGUGGUGCGUCCUGGCACGCGCGGGCUUGAGGCCACCGCGCCCCCGUCGCCCCGCCCCGCCCCUCAUUAAUAUGCAGACUCAGCCGGGGGCGCGCUGGCGCUCCCUGGAGGGCGGGAGCGAGCGUCACGUCUCCUUGGGUUUCUCUGCGUCAGGGGAAAUGGAAAGGCCAGUUGGGGCGGGGGUCGACUGGAGUACUGGGCGGGCGCGCGCACUAGGGCGGGCGCGCGCGGGAGAAAGGGACGGUUCCUGGGCAACGGCCCCUCCCUGGCGCGGGAUCCGCGCAGAGCCUGCCCGGGUCGCACGCGUCUCCGCCCCUCGCGGUGCCGCCUCCUUCCUGUCACCUCCGUUCCGCCCUCAGUCGCAGAAGCCCAGCCUCACCACUCGGGGUUCCCAGGGCGGGGCUGGCCCGCAGGGGAAACUGAGGCCUGGGACCCCGACGGGCGCCUGCACUGUGCGAACUCGCAUAGAAAUAGGCGCCCGAGACCCCCAGCACAACGCGGGAGCCCGGUCCAGCCCGGGGUCGGGAGGGGUCCUGUGGCGAACUCGCGUCUGGGCUGUGCCUGCUUGAAGUCCGCGGAGCGUGUCGCCCCGCACCUCUAGACCCCGAGUCCCCGACUUAGGGCCUCCUCGUCGCCUUAGGAAGCGCUCUCUAGGUUUGUUUCUAUGUUUUAGGCGCUGGAGGGGGUGCUGUCACCGACAUCCUAUAGCCGCCGAGAGUGUUUUCUGUAGGGUAAACAUGAAGCCUCGGAGUCCCGGCUGUAUUCCAGGCAUUUUCAUUUGGGUAAGGAGGAACAAACACACUCCGCGUGGUUAUUUACACACUCUGAUGCGUGGAACGGGUUCCGCGGCAAGCUCCCAUGGUAACCCCGUGCCAGCUCCAUUUCUUAAAAGUGUUUCAUGUGCCAUCAUCAGGGCUGCAGCGUGGGACUCCUCCCCACCACAUUCAUUCCGGGGUUCCCGCCCCUUCCCCCCAGGGAGACUAAACAUUUCCUAAGCUUUAUGAAUUUUCAAGAGAGAAAGAUUUCUUACAUCAGGGAAAAAAGGAGGUUCUGACUCAGCAGCAGACUUGUUGAGACUUGCAAAAUGGAAGGAAGAGAGCUUUCCAUGGUAGAGCUCUUUAGAAGUAUUAGAGGAGGAACUAAUCCCGUGUGUUUCCUUUCGUAUAGAAACAUUUUACAUAAAGUAUUUGAAGGUCUAGAUAAAGAAUAACAGAGUGAUUGGUCCAUAAUACAUGAUGAGAUGAACUUCAUAUUCCUGUUUGGUAAUUUUAACUGUUUUACUUGAUGCUUAGAGAAGUGAAACUACUAAGUGAGUCCUAGAAUAUAGACUCUAACCCCAAAACAAUAGAAGGUAGAUUCAGGCUUUACUUGAUUUUGGUUUACAAGUAGACUAAGAUUAAAUAUUUGAUGUUAUACAUUAGCAUACUCUUACUGAUGUAGGCAGAGUGUACAUUUUUACAAGCCUUCAUUCUCUAUUAGUUAAAUUUGAAUUCUAUUCAGUGUCUCAAAUUUACAUCAAAAUAAACACUGGAGAAAGAGAGCAGCAUU